ACGCGCGUCGACGUGCGCGAGCCUCGCGCACCGUGCGGUCGGCGCGGCGAGCCUCUGUUCCAGCGGCCGCGUCGCUGAUGUGGGGAUGAUGGUCCCGGCUGGCCUAUGGGCUGCCUGGACUGGGCCGAAGACGAGCCGGAGACGCUGCCUGUAGGGGGCGUCCUCCACGCUUCAGUCCCUCCCCUUGCCCUCUGCCCGAGGGCUGCGUGGGGCCAGGCUCCCUCUGCCGUCCUGGCAGACCAUCUUAAAUUAUGUGGAAAUGGGGCAGUGGUGAUGAUUCAGCCCCUACAUCUGGAGCUCAUGGGACUUCCAAAGCAGCAAGCAUGUCAGUGGCCGAUUUGACCGAACAGCUGGCCCAAACUAAACAGCUGGUAGUACAGCUCAAGGAACUUAUCAAGGAAAAGGAUAAUGAGCUACACAGUUAUAAGCAACAGUUAAAGGAAGAAAAAGAAGCCUUUGAAGCUAAUAUUUCCAAAUUAAAGCUGCAAAACAAAGCCAAAGUAACAUCAUUAAAUUCACAAUUAGAGGACCUUAAGAAGCAGUUAUCAGGAGCUGGUACACAAGAAGGAAAACCAGAACAAAAAAGAGGCUGUAGAGAUGGUGAUCAGCAUAAUGCUGCUGCAAGUCGUGGAAAAAUAUUGGUACUUAAAAAGAAAAUUGAAGAAUUAGAAGCCCAAAAUGCUCAAAAAGAUGAAGAACUACAGGAAAAGAUUGCUGAACUGGAUGCUGCACGUCUUCGAGGGGCUGAAAUGGACACCAUGCUUGCUGAGAAACAAAAAAAACUGGCUGAAAAAGAAGCCUAUAUAAUUGAUUUACAGUUAUACGGUGGAUCAGCUAAUGAUGCCAAAGAAGUACUCAUCCAUAACAAUGAAUUAAAGAAUCAGCUUUCCACAAAAGAGACCUCACUGCAGAGUAUGGAAAUUCUAAUUCAGAACCUGACAAAGAAAGUUGAAGACAGUGAGGAAAGAUGUAGCCUUCUUCAAGAACAGAUUGAAAAACUGAAAAUUCUUCAAAACAAAGAGAAAGAGCACUUCCAGGAAAGAGAAGCCAUGUAUACUCAAAAUAUUCGUAUGUUUCAAAAUAUUAUCCAAGAAAAAGAAAAAGAAUUGUUGGAACUAGCCCAGAAACACGAGCAAGAACUGUUUAAACUGGCUGCCAAAUCUGAUGCUAGUGCUGAUUUAGAGCAGUUACUGAAGGCCUUGAAGCAGAAGCUGCAUGAGAAAGAGGAAGUCAUGCUAGGAAGAACGCAGGUGAUAGUCAUGCUGCAACAAGAACUGGAUGGGAAGGACCAGCAACUAAAAGAAAUUAAUGAAACCUUGAUACGUCUUCAGUCAGAGAAAGAUAACCUCCAGUCCAAAUUGGAUGCUGAAAAGCAUGUAAUGAGAGCUCAGCUGAAAGACAUGAUGGAGAAACAUGAGAUAGAAAUGAAAAAAGUCAAAGAGAAACAUAAUGCCGACCUGCAGGCAAUUCAAGAGAAGCAUGAAACUGAGCUGCAAGAAAAAGACCAAGCCCUGCUUCAGCUUCAGAAACAAGCAGCCAAAUUAAGUACCAGUGGACAGAGUAAUUUGGAACAAACUGUUGAUAUGGAUUCUGUAAUUAAACAGAAGCUCGACCAACUAGAAGGGCAAGUAAAGGGAUGAACUGAAGAGGCCAGAAAAUCUGAAGCCAAGUUCCUCAAGAUGAAAGCUUGGUCCAAAUCCAGAAUCAAGCAGCUUGAAGAUGAACUAAAAAAUGUUACUUCCAAGAAUAAUGAUGUAACCGCUUUACGCAACCAAAUUUCAGAAUUAGAAAGGGAAAAGGAAGACCUACAAUCUACAUUACAAGCAUUUUCUGAACUUAAAACACAAAAUGAAGAAUUGCUGACUAAGCUGGAGGUUUAUGAAGAACAGCAACGAAAAUUGCAAGCUGACCUUGAACAAGUUACAAAGAGGGCUGCUUCACAGGCUAGUGAAUCAGGCAGCAUGGAUGAACUACAGAAUCAGCUGUUGGAAUGGCAAGAGAUUGUUCCUGAGUCUGAAGAUGUGCACAAUCAAAUCAGAGAAGAGAAAUCUGCUAUGGCUCUCAGAAUGGCACAAAUUGAAGAGGAAAGAGAAGGACUGAUUGAGGAUGACUGGUUCUUUCCUGGCUGCUCUGAUCCAGCCAUAGUCUCAGGGCAGCAGGAGCUGGAGGAGGAACUGGCUAGAGGUCAAGGGAUUGGCAGGAUGCAUCCGGAGAGAAGAAAGAAUACUCAGCCCAGCAGGAAACCGCAGGAAGAUUAUGGCUUCGAUGGAAAGCAGUGCUAUGAAGAUCUGAAUAUCACCUUGGAUAGCACCGAUUCAGCUGAAGGAGAGAAUAUGGGAGGUUUACGGACAGUAGUUGAAGAGCUGGAAUUGGAAAGAAAUCAGUUGCAAGAACAAAUUCUAUUCUUGGAGGAACGUUGUCAAGGCCUAGAAGAUAGAUUGCAGCUCCAAGGUAGAAUGGAAGCUCUGCAGAAUGAAAAUGACCGUUUGCAGUCCCAGCUUACACAGCUGCGCAGCCAGCAAGCACGUGAUGCAGAAAAACAUCAAGUCCUUAUUUCCAAUCUGAAUGAACAACUUAAAGGGUUAAAUGAAAGAAACGGUUUGCUUGAAACUUUGCUUGGGGAGAAGGAACAAAAGCUUUUGAUUACAGCAGAAAAGGUUGAACGUGUAGAAGACCUGAGAAAUUCACUUCAAGAGAAAGAAACUCUAAACAAGGAAUUAAGUGAAAAACUUUUGCAUAUGGAACAGAAGCUGGGAAAUACCUUGAAGAAGUGCAGUAUUUGUGAAGUAGAAUGCACAGAACAAAAAGUGGUUAUCAAUGACCUAACAGAGAAAAUGGCUGCCUUGAAAGAAAAGAUCUUGAAACAGGAUGCUGCCAUGGAAGCAAUACAGCUUGAUCUUGAUCAGACAAAUGAAGAACUCGAUAGAUUGAAUACAAGCCAUUUAGAUGAAAGAUCUCAACUCAUUCAAGACCUCCAGAGACGUGAAAGAGAAAUUGACAAUCUAAAAGAAGUUCUACUCGAGAAAGACAAAGAAAUUUCUGCUCUUUCUUCCAAUAUGACUGAAUAUUCUGAACAGAUUAAUAUUCUGAAAUGCCAGAUCCAGUGCAAAGAGAAUGAAGUACGAGAGAUGGAAGACGCACGAACCAAGGCUGAAAGGGAAGCCCAGUUGUUGAAAGAUGUACAAACAGCAGACAUGAAAGAUGCAAGCACAAAAAUUUCAGCACUUUCCAAACAGUUUAAUGCGAUAGAAUCAGAGUUGACAAAAGUGAAAGCUGAGAACGUGGCUAAAACCAAAGAAAAUGAAGAGCUUGUUCGGCAAAUCCAAGAGACCAGCAAAACAGUUAAAAAUCUUCAUUCUGACAUCAAGGCCCGAGAUGUAACAUAUAACAGCAAGCUCAUGGAAUGUGAGUCACAAAUUAAAUUGCUUAAAGAACAAGUAAGUAAAUCAGCUGGAAAGUUGCAAGAAGCUGAGAGAAAAUACAAGGAGGAAACAGAUUAUCUCAAAUUCCAACUUGAUGAACAUAUUUCUGCAAAGGAGAAACUGCGUACUUUGCUGGAAGAGAGAGAGAACAAAGAGCAAAGUUUUGUGAAUGAACUGAAAUCUGUGAAGGAUUUAUAUAAUCAACUAAUUUUAGAAAAUGCUAAGAAAGAUGAAGAAUUAGCUAAUCUAUCCAGACAGCUUGCUGAACAUACUGAGCAUCUAGAAAUCACCAAGAAGUCUUUACAAGAAAAAUCAGAGUUUAUAAUUUCAUUGCAAGAUACAAUUAAAAGUUUGGAAGAGAAAAAGGAAACACUUAAGUUAGCUGGAGAGCUGGAUGCCAAAGAAAAGCAGUGGAAAGAACUCAGUCGUGAGUUACAGAAAAAGCAGGAAAUAAUUAAUAAGAUGAAAUCAGAAAUAGAAAACAGUUCCCUAGCCAGUAAGCAUCUGCAAGCAGUUCUUGAUCAGAAAGAAAAAGAUGUUGUGGAUCAACUCAAAGCUAAUGAAGUUCUUAGAAAUGAGAUGCAUACCAUGGAGAAGGAAAAGCAGCAGCUCAUCAGUGAGAAUGAAAGUUUGUCAAAAUUACUAGAUGUUAAAGAAUGUGAACUGUUGAAGCGUGUUCAGUCGAUGGCAGAGAUGGACAGCAAGAUGUCUGACAGUGCUCUGGAAUUCCAAAAAAGGCUUUCAGAGGUCAGCUGUGAUAAAGAGACUUUAAGGAACAAGGUUGAAGAACUCUUGGGCCUUAUCAAGCAGAAAGAAAACUCAGUUGCUGAGAACUUGCUGGAGAAAGAAAAAGAGUAUAGCGUGUUGGCUGAUCAGCUGUUGAAGAGCAAGGAGAUGACAAAGCAAUUAGAAGAAGAAAUUCAGUCAUACAGCACUCAGCUGAAAAGUGCUAAAGACAGAGAGCUGGAGAGAGAAAUGAUGCUAAGUCAGAAAGAGUCAGAGUAUAAUAAAAUGGUCCAACAACUCAGUCAGGAAGAAGGAAGAAUAUUGUCACUGGAGAAACUUGUUCAAGACAUAGAAAUGGACCUAAAAGUAAAAUGCAAAUCUCUAGAAGAAAAGACUGUGCUUAAUGAUGCCUUACUUAAGCAAAUAGAAGAAAAGCAAGUCAGUAUGUCAGAGUUAGAGAAGCAAAUAGAAAGGCUUCAGGUUGAUAUCAUGCAGUUGUCUCAACAGGUUGAAGAAAAAGAUUCUGCUCUACAGUCUCAAGGACUAGAGAUGGAGAAUCUUCACAGGCAGAUUGCAAAGAAAACUGAGGAGUGUGCAGCAUUAAAUGAUCAACUAGCAUUAUUAGGCAAAGAAACAGAUGCUUUGAAAUGUGAAAAGGACAGAGUUUUGGCUAUUUGCAGUACAAAAUCAAGUGAAUGUGAUGCUCUUCAACAUCAGUUGACACAGCAUCAGAGUGAAAUUAUGUCUGUGAAGCAUGAAGCUCAUAUGCUGAAAUUGGAAAAUGAAAAAGUUAAAACCAAUGUUGAAACUGUCAGUGCUUCCUUAGUGAAAAAAUGUGAAGAAACAGCUGCCUUAAAUGCAGAGCUGUCACAGCAAGGCCAUACUAUUUUAGCCUUGAAGGGCCAAAUUGAUACUCUGGUCACUGAAACAGAAACAUUAAAAAGUAGUGUUCAGGAUAAAGAGGCUCUCCUUUCUCAGGGGGAUGCUUUUAUUCAGCAAAUGAAAGAGAACAAGGAUGCAGGAGAAAACCAAUAUUUGCAGAUGAUUUCAGAUUUGCAGAGUCAGGUCCAGGUUCUAAGUUGUGAAGCUUGUCAGCUUCGGCAAGAAAUGCAAGGCAAAGAGCAUGAAUUUAAAAAGCAAGAACAAGAAUUAAAAUUGUUUAAAGAUAAAUCUGAGGAGUCUGCUUUUCUUAGAGUCCAACUAUCUGAGAAUAUGGAAAUAAUUUCUGAUCUUCAGAGCCAGCAUAAAACUAUGAUAGAAAAGACAGAAGAAUUAAGUAAGUCAGUUAUACAGAAAGAUAGUUUCUUAAAACAGAAGGAAGAAGAAUAUAGUAAUUUGCAAGCACACAUUUCUGAGUCUUCCCGCAUGCACCAGAAACUGGUCGAGUCAUUGACCUCUGAAAUAGAACAAUUGAAAGGAAAUGUUUUUGAAAAAGAACUGGUUUUAAAUAAUACUUCAUUGCUUAACAGUAAAUUAAAGACUGAACUUCAAGACACGCACAUUGAGUACGAGACUUUGAGGAAGCAGGCUAUAGAUGCAGAAGAACUGAACUUGAAUCUAAAAAAAGAAAUAAGUGAUCAGAAAAAAAUAAUAAAUGAUAUUACCGAGACAGUGAUGGGAAAAGUUUCUCUUUUAGAUAAUACCAGUCUAAUUAAUAAACUAAAAGAGGAACUCUGUAUAAAAGAGGAAAAAAUACAGCUGAUUUCUCAGCUUCACAGUCAAAUUAAUGAACUUACUCAGGAAAUCCAAAAGUUAAAAGAACUAGCACAAGAAAAAGAAAAUGCUUUCUUAUCUUUACAAGACAAAUUUGCUGCUCAGUAUGAACAAAAAAAUGAUCUUAGUGCUACUCUGAGUAAAAAAGAAGAGUUUAUUGCUGAAUUACGUAAUUCGUUGGCUCAGAAGGAUGUCAAUGUACACCUAGCAGAAAGCAAUGUUCAUGCUCUUACUAAUGAGAUUGAGUUGCUUAGAGAAGAACUGGGGAAAAAUGCCACUUGCUUAAAAAAUCUCGCACAAGAGAAGGAUGAAAAUAUUGCACUUAGCCAGAAGAAAAUGGACUCUCUGACAACUGAACUAGAUUCUGCAAAAUCAGAGUACCAGAAAGCAUUGGAAGCAGUGGACCUAUGGAAGUUAACUGUACAACAAAGGGAUGCAGCUCUUCAGGUUAUACAGGAAAAAUACACUGAGCAGGCGAAGCAGAAUGAGUGCUUAAAUUCUGAGCUCAGCAUUUUACAUUCUAAAUCCUCUCAAGAGUGCCACAACCACACACUUUCAAUAGAAAAAUUACAACAACAGGUGGAUUCUUUAAUUAGGGACAAAACUCUUUUACAGGAGAACAUUGAAAAACUGAGUAUAGAAAACAAAGACCUGGUUAUAUUGAAAAAACAGUUGCAGGAGAAAUGUAAAGAGCUACAAGAAUUUCAAGAAGAAUUCGAAGACAAAGAAAAUAAAUCAAAGAUGCAAAUAGAUGCCAUUACUUCACAGCUGAAGAAUGAGAAAGAACAAUUGCAGAUGCAGGUUAGUGUGAAGGGUAAAGAAGUUGGUGAAUUAAAGUUUAAGGUUGAAAAAUUAGAACAAAGUCUCCAUGAGUCAGAAAACAGAUGGGUGACAGAACUUGAUAGGGCAACUCAGCAAAAUGCAAUUAAUCUUGAACAACUGAGCAGUUUAGAAAGGGAAAUAAAAUUAAAAAAUGAUCAGAUUCAGUCUGUACACCAAGAGCAGGACCUGAUUAAAAAAGAGCUGUCUGAACUCCUGUCUGUAUUAUCAAGUAGUAGGUAUUUCAUCAAAGACAGUGAUUGUAUUGCUGAUCAGCAAAUAACUGAAAGUAAGGCGCUACUAGAAAAAUUCUCUCCUUUGAUAGCUAGAAUUUUCAGUGAAGAAAGUGAAGCGCUGGCACUGCAAAAAACCCUUUUAGACAGAAUCAAGGAAAUACAUGAGCUAAAUAACCAGCUGAAAAGCAUGCAGUCUCUGAAGCAAGAGAAAGAACUGAUGCAGAUUGACCUUGAGAAGGCUAAAGAUGCUCAUCAAUCUGAGACUGAUCACCUGUUAACCGAACUGUGUACCACCAAGGAGGCAUUAUGUAAGCAGCAGUCUGUCUGUGAAGAAAGGGAAACUGCAUUAACAAACAUGAAGGAGGAGGUUAUUUUUAUUCAAGCAAAGAUUGUUAAAUUAGAAAAAGAACUUGAAAAUGCUCAGAAGGUAAUAAAUACUGAAUGUCAAACAGUAGCAAAACUUUUAGAAGAAGUAGAGCAUAAAAACCAAGUGAUAGAAAAUUUAACUUCCCAAGCUAACCAGCAGAAGGAUUUAAUUUCUUCUCUAAGCCAGCAAUUAAAAGAAAAGGAUUGCUCAGUUACUCAGGUCAUGGAAUCCAUGUCUAAUGAAAUGGUAAAAUUUUCUGAAGAGAAAAAGGUACUUCUUUCCAAACUGCAACAACUGGAAGCCACUCAAAACAGUACUAUCAAAGAGUCAGAUACAUUAUCACAGCAGCUUGAUGAAUAUAAGAAAGAACUUGAACUCUCUCAGUUUUUGCUUGGCAACAAAGAUGCUGUAAUUAAAGAUUUAAUGAGUGAGAAGGAGCAGUUAAAUUUUAAUCUGGAAAAAUUACUUCAAGAAAAAGAGAAUUUGAAAAAGAAACUUCAGGCAGCUUUGAUAAUAAGGAAGGAUUUAAUUCAGAAGCUUGGGAAGCUUGAGGCAAAAGGGCAAGAAGAUAUAGAAAGGGAACGUAAAAAAACUAAAGAUUUACUGGAGCAAAUUGAUGAAUUAAUGAAACAGGGUAAACAUUCUGAAGUCCAAAACAAAGGUCUUGAAGCCCAACUUGAAGUCCUGAAAGAACAAUUGAUAGAGAAAGAUGCCAAGAUAAAAGACAUAAGUGAAAUGUUGGCUACUAAAGCACUACUUUUGGAUCAGCUCCGGAAGAAUGUUACAGAACUCAAAGAUGCCAUUGCUGAACAGAAAAGCAUGUCUGAUAAGAAUGUAAUAUCUCUACAGGAGAAAGAUGUUCUGGUUGAACAGUUGCAUUCUGCACUCAAUGAGAGAGAGAGAAUACAUGGGAUGGAAUAUCCUCAACUUAUCUCAACUAUAGAAAAUCUCAAAGCAGAACUAGCAAAGAAAGAAGAAACAUUCCGGGAAACAAAUGAGGCAGAAGAGAACUUAAAUACUGAAGGCUUUUGUACUAACACCACAUAUUUUCCUACUGAUAUUAAUCAAGUUAAUCAGUUGCAGAGGGAGAAGAAAAUCCUGCAAAAGAAACUUCAGGCAUUGCUUGUUGCCCAUAAGGAAAACACUAAAAAAAUUCAGAAAGAAAAGGAGGAGCAUGCUAAGCUGCUAGCAGAUUUUGAUCAACAAACUAAAGACCUCGAGCUGUUAAAAAGAGAACAUAAUGCACUCCAGGAGAUUCAUCAGAUGAAGUGUAAAGAAUUUGACUCCAAUUUGUUGCGUUUAUGCUCCUUGAAGAAAGAGAUGGAGACUGUUGUAGUUCUUCCCCACAGUGAGAAUGUGGAACAUAAAACACUGGGCUCAGUGGAGCUAAACAUGAAGGAAGAAAACAAAGACCUUAAAGAAGAGUUGCAAGAGAAGCUGUUGGAAUGUGAGAAGAAUUUAGAGAAUACAGUACACUUGAAGAACACUAGUGAACAUCUGAACCAGAAUUAUGAAGAAAACAAAAGCAGUGUGCCAACUGAGAGAGGUCAACUUCAGCAGCAACAGAAAACACAUGAAGAUGAAUUGAUGGAAGUUAAAGAAACUGUGAUUGAAAGUGUGAAUAAUGAAAAGGAUAUUCUCCUUAAAAAAAGUGAAGGUCACCUGAUCAGUAAGGAUGAAAUUGAAAGCUUGAAACAUGAUAUUCAACAAGCCAACACACAAAUUGUAGAGAAGAGUGAAGAGAUCCAGUAUUUACAUCAUUCUUGUAAAGAUCUCAAAGGCAAAUUUGGUCAUGGAAAGGAAAUAAUGGAAGAAGUUUCUCAGUUGCAGCAAAGUUUACAGGAAAGUCAGGAAGAAUCAAAACAUUUCAAAAUGGUAUUUGAGAAAAUGACACAUGAAAGAGAAGACUAUAUCAGCAACUUAGAGAAAUCAAAUAUGGAAUUACUAAGUAUGAAAGAAGAGUUAAGACACAGCAGUGAAGAAAAUAAAAAGUUAUUGAUGGAACUAAAUCUGCUUCAUGAGAAACUUUUACCAGUUUUUAAUGAAGGGGAAAAUGUGGAAGUAUGUGUGGAAGGUAGAAGAGGAAAUACCAUGGAAGCUGUGUGUUUAUAUUCAGGUAAUCAGAUGCAGAACAGGGUUCAAGAAAAAACCAUCUCAUGUCAAUCACAAGAUAUCACCCAGGAACUGAUAGAAAAACACAAAAAUGAAGAUGGCCAAAAUCCCCAAGAGCAGAAAUGUUCUGCUGAAGAAAAAAACAUGGACCGUCUCCAAAGAAAGCUCCAAGCUGCUUUAAUAUCACGUAAAGAAGCUCUGAAAGAAAAGAAAAUACUGAAAGAUGAAGUGGACUUACUAAUGACACAAAACAAAGAAUUGGUUAAUAAGGCCCAUGCCCUUGAAAAUAUGGUGUCUGAUUUGAGCAGAGAAAACCAAGACAUGACUGCUACUUCUUCACUGUAUAAAGAGAAUGAAACUGUUGUGACAGAAAAUGCUAGAUUAUUAGUUGAAAAUGAAAAUUUGAGUGCUGCAUGUGAAAGCCUUAAAUCUACCAUGGAGACUAUAGUCCAAGAGAAGGAGGCUUUUUCUUUUCAGAUGAAUUCUUUAAAAGAUUCUCAGACAGUCGAAUUGACAGGUUGGAAAGCAAAACAUAGUGAAUUGAAACAGGAAUAUGAGUCUUUGCUGCAGGCUUACGAGAAUAUCAGUAGUAAAAUAGCAGAAAUGAGGCAAGUGAUUGAUAUUAUAAGAAAAGAAAAGCAAGAUGCUCUUCACCGAGCAAGUGUAGCCGAAUCUGAAAAACAGCAACUUCAGCAGCUGCUUCAAAAAGCAACUGCUGAAAAUGCACAUGUUAGUGACCAACUAAAUCAGCUUGUUGAAUCCAAUCAGAGGAGAAUAGAUGAACUGCAGACUGAAUUAGAAAGGGCAUCUGAUCAUCAGUUGUGUUUGGAAGCAUAUCAAGAAAGGGUUGUUGAGAACAAGCAGCUGACAGAGGAAAAUGAGCAAUUAAAAGAAAUGUCUGAGGCCUUAAAGCAAACAUUAGAGAAAACUCAGAAUGAAAAUGAGACUCUUUGUAAGGAUUUUAAUCUGACAAAAGCUGCUCUGAAGGAUCUCCGAACACUGCUGGAAUUGGACAAGCUUGACAUGCAGUCUGAGUUCAGUGAUAUACUCAGUGAGAGAGAGCCAUUAUUAAAACACACCCAUUUGUUAAUUGAAGGGAUAUCAGAGAAGGCGAAAAGUGUACUGAUGUUAAAACAAGAGAACAAACUUAUUUCAGAAAGGUUAAAGGAUCUGGAGGAAUUGCUGUACCAGAAAGAAAUUUCUUUAUCGAAGUUAGAGAAUGAUAAUAAAAGGCUUAAUCAGGACAUAAUAAGCCUGAGUGAGAGAAUUAAAAUACUAGAAGAUGACAAAUGUCUGCUACAGGAAGAAUUGGAAAAUGUUCAAGAAACAUCUUACAAAGUAAAAAAUGAGAGAGAAUUUUUGGAGACGGAGUUACUCAAUCACAUCAAAAAACUAGACGAGACAACUGACCAACUGAAAGCAAUGCAGGUACAAAACAGUUUGCUGGUGCAGCAGUUGGAAGAUUUAAAAGUGGAGAAGAGCAGUGUGAUUAGAGAGAAAGAAGAACAGCAUCUGUAUCUGGUCAGAGUAUUUGAAGAAAAAGUGAAAUCUGCCCAGAAAGACAAUAAUGGGACAAAGAACAAAACCAAAGAGUUACAUGAACUUUUAAAGGAAAAACAACAAGAGAUCAACCAGUUGCAAAAAGAUUCCAUUAAAUACCAGGAGAUUAUUUUAGACUUGGAAAAAUCAGUAAAACUACAAGAAUCUAAAAGUGAAAAGUUUGAGAAAGAUUUAAACAACAUGGCAGAACAACUUUCCAAAUCAAAUGAAGAGGUACAGAAGCUAACAGAAGAACUCUCUUCACAGAAAAUGUUGCUUGAGGAGUCUAGGGCUGAAAUAGAGCUGUUAGCCGCUGAAAACAUACAUAAUAAAAGAGAAGUUAAAAAGAAAGAGAACCAAAUAUUAAAUCAAAAGAAGGAAUAUGACAGACAAUUAGAGAUCGGCCUUCAACAGCUGAAAGCAACUUGCCAAAAAGAAUCUUUAAACAUAGAAGAAAAAUACAAUGCCCUUCAACAAGAGAAAGAGCGGAUCUGUGGUGAACAUCAUAAGCUGCAAGAAGAACUUGGCAUGAAGGACUCUCAGAACAUAAAUCUUCAGGCUAAGUUGAAUGAUGCCUUAGCUAGAUUAGCUGCUUUUGCUAAGUGUAUGUCUUCUCUUCAAAAUGACCGGGACAGGGUAAUUGAUGAAAUGAAAUCAUGGGAAAUGCAGUUCAAAGAAGCUAUUGAAAGUAAACAACAACAGAUAGAGGCCAGCAAUAAAACAAUAGCAUUGUUACAAGAAGCAAUAAAGGUAAAAGGUAUUCAGGUCCAAGAACUGGAGAGCAAAUGUUCUGUGCUAGAAGAACCGAAGAGUGGGGUGCAGGCCUCAAUAGAAAGCCACCAUUUCAAUGAACUUUCCAGAAUAAAAGAAGAAAAUGCCAUUCUUCAGAACAAUCAGUGUGAACUAGAAACUGCUCUUCAGUCAAAAGAAGAUUCUCUUCAGGCAUUGAUAAAGGAGAAAAAAUCUCUUAACCAUCUCGUUAAAAACAGUGAUAUCAUAGAAAAAGAGAUGGAAACACUGCAAAAAAGAUUGUCACAAAAAGAACAGGAAGUACAACAGUUUCUUUUGGAAAAAAGUGAGCUCCAAGCUGAGUUGCAAAAACAAGUUUCCAUUUGUGAACAAAUGAAGGUCAUGCUGAAUAAGAAAGAUAGAGAAAUUUCUCUUCUCAUUUCAUCCAAGGGCACAGAAAUUUCUAGCUAUCUUGCUCAAAUACAAACUCAGAACAGACAGCAAAUUGCUGAGUGUGAACAGCAGCUAAAGGUUCUGCAAAUAGCCAAAAAACAAUCUGAUGACAUUUGUCAGAGGCUACAGAGUGACCUGAAAUUUGUUCAGCUAAAAGCUGACAAAGCUGUUCAAGACAGGGCUGAGAUGGUCAAUGAAAUUGAUGCCUUUAAAAAGUCCAUGUCAUCUCUCCAGUAUAACCGAGAUUCCCUGCUUUCUAAGCUGAAAGACUUAGAGCGAGAGCAUCAGACAGUUUUAAGUGAGAAAGAGAGCCUUGUAGCUGACCGUGAGAAUGAAAGCCAGGCCCUGAAACAAGAAAUAAGGAAGCUUCUGAAUCAAAUAGAUGAUCUUCAUUCUGAAAACGCAAUGCUAAUGGCACAACUCACAAAAUAUAGGGAAGAUCUGAAUCAGGUUUUAUCUCUGAAGGAUAACCAGUUGAAAGAAUUACUUGCACAAAAAUUGGAAAGCAUUAAGAGCCUUGAACAAGAAAAAACUGAGCUUCAGAGCAAACUGAAAGAAAUGAAGCUGACAGUGGAAGUGCAGGACGAGAUCAUAGAAUCUCUAAGGCUGGAAAAUGAGAAGUUAAUAGCAAAAGCUCAUGACUUAGAAAUUCUCAUAGCUUCAAUAAAUAAAGAGAGGUUGGCUUCUGAAUCCAGAGAGAAAUUCCCACCUCAGGAAGGUGACAGAUUUGAUCAGAAGAGAGGACACAUCACCAGUCAGCAACUUGAAGAAACGCAUGAGAAACAGUUACAAGUAUUCCAGCAAGUAACGGAUAAAAAUGCAGUCAGUUCAGAAGACAGGCGUUAUACAACUAUUUCAUCUUUAGAACAUGAAGCUUGUUCACUCGGGAAUGAUUUGGCAGAAAAGAGGAUAUUGGAAGUUCAGGGUCAGAAUAAAGAACUGAGGUCUCAAAUAGAGUCUUUUGGGAAAGCUAUGACAGCCCUCCAAAGUGACAGGGAUCGGUUAAUUGAGGACUUCAAGGGACUUCAAAGCAGAUAUACUUCUGAAAUCAAGUCUGAAAAAAGCAGAGCAGAUAGACUUGAAAGUGAGCUAAAAGGUAUCAAAUCAAAUGUUUUCAGUUUGCUCAAAGAAAAUGCCCUUUUGAGUCAGGCAUCAGAGGAAGCUAAAAACAACAUCACUUUUGAGCAGUUCACUGAGGAAGUUGAAAAGCUGUGCAAGACAUUAAAUACUGAACGUCUUGAAGUUAACAGGCUUUCGUCUGAGUGUGAGAAUUAUAGCCAGCAGAUUGGUGCCUUUUCCAAGGCUAUGGCCAGUCUUCAAGAUGACAGAGACAGACUUCUGCAGGAACUUAAUAAACUGAGAAUAGUUUAUGAAGCAAAACAGGGCAUGAGUUCAAGUUCCAUCCCUUCUAACUACAUAAAUGAGAUUAGUUCUCUUAAAGAUCAUUUGGAGACUCUUCAGAUGGAUAGGGAAAUACUGGCUAAAGAAGGAGCUAGUCCUGCAAUAGCUGAGAUAUCAGAUCUAAAAUCCAAAGUUUAUGACCUCGAGAGAGACUUGAACCAGACAAAAGUUUUUCAAGAAGAAUCUGAGAAAGAAAGACUUUCAUACCAGAGUGAAUUAAUUGGAUUACGGAGGGGAAAAAAUCUUCUGCUGGCGGAAUCUCAUGCACUUCAAAAUCAGCUCCAGGCAACUAUUGCAGAGAAAGACAGACAGAUCGCAGAACUGCAGAGGGUACAUCAUGAAAUGGUAUCUCAGAGAUCUGGGUCUGCUGGCAGCGUUCACUCAACCAAGGGAUUAGAAACUGUUGCUCUUGUUGGAAGCACAGAGAUCCCUGAACAAAUGAACCAUCUCGUGGCUGAGAGAAAUCGGCUUCAGAGUGAGCUCCAGCGUUGCCUUCAAGAGCUGCACCAGAGAGAUAUACGAUUCCAGCAAAUAAAUUCAAAGGUAAUGCAGUCAGUCGAAGAAAAUGCUGUAUUGUCUGCUCAGCUGAAAAUGGUGUCCCAGACUUUGCGGGAAAACCAGCUCCGUUACACUGAUCUGCAGAAUCGUUACUUACAGCUUGAAAGGGAAUACCAAACAGAAAUUUCUGCUCAGGGUACUGCUGAGGAUGGAGUUCAAGCAGAAGUUCCCCCAGGAGCUCCCCAAGAGAAAGCUGCUGUCCUUGUUGAAAUAGAUAAUGUGGAACUCUGUGAACUCAGGAAAAGGCUUGCAGAGAUGGAGUUACAACAUGAUUCAGUGCAACAAACUAUGUCACAACUCAUGGAAACACUCUCAGAAGAGAGGAAUAGGCGACAAGCUGCAGAAGAACACCUUAGGCUCUCCAAGAACCAACUUAAAAGGCUUGAAACCGGUAGUUUUAGGUCCUUACCUAGAGAAUAUGCUAUUCAGAUGGAGUCCGAUGAGGAAAGAGAUGCUCUGAUCAUUAACACCAAUGAACAUAUUGUGGUCCAGCAGUGUUUUCAUGAUCAUUAG